UGCCAAUAAAUCUAGGAUAAAAUCUAAUCCCUCUUCGUGAUAUAUUAUCCACUAGUAGAAUUUAGGAAAGUUAGUCUGGAUUGGAGGACAGCUCAAUAUCGGAGCCAGAUACAUCAUGCUUUAAGGAUUAUUGCUUAUUCUAGUAAGAUAUGUGUGGUUCUCAGAGAUGACAGGUCAUUUGUUGGAAUUUUCUUUCAAGACCCUGAAAUAACUUGUUUCACUUGUAAUAUGGCAGGGCUUUAUAGAUAUCGGCUUGGAGAUGUGGUGGAAGUGGCUGGAUUCCAUAACGGGACCCCAAAGUUGAACUUCAUAUGCAGGAGAAAGCUAAUUUUAACUGUUAACAUUGACAAGAAUACAGAAAAGGACCUUCAGCUAGUGGUAGAAAGGGGGUCUCAGCUGCUGAGCAAGUAUAGAGCUGAGCUGGUUGAUUUCACGAGCUGUGCCGAUGUGGUGCAUCAACCAGGACACUACAUAAUUUACUGGGAGAUCAAAGGAGACGUGGAGGAGAGGGUGCUAGGCGAGUGCUGUCGCGAAAUGGAUGCUUCUUUUGUGGAUCACGGCUAUGUUGUAUCAAGGAGAACCAACUCGAUUGGACCUUUGGAGCUUUGCAUUGUUGAAAGAGGGACUUUCAAGAAGAUUUUGGAUCAUUUCAUAGGGAAUGGAGCAGCACUUAGCCAAUUCAAGACGCCCAGGUGCACCAGCAACCAUAUGCUCCUUACAAUCCUUAAUGUCUGCACCAUCAAGAGGUUCCGUAGCACAGCUUACAGUUAAAAACAACAAAACAGGUUUAUGCUCCGUCCGUCGGUUUCUUCUAAUUAAAAUACAAUUUUAUAACCAAGUGUUCUAAAUUUGAGAUACUCCCUAGUUUCUUUUGCCUUUUAUCGAACAAUUGAAGUUUUAGGUGUAAAAGGACAAAAAAUGUUUGAAAAUUUUUUAGUUUAAGUUGACUUGCUUUUGGCAGAGUUGAAGA